CACGUUCCGCGAUAAACCGACUGUGCUGUGUUUCUUAAUUGCUUAUUGCAAGAUACAGACACUAUCGGGGCAUUAUAACCAACAUAAUAAGCAUUAUCAUAACAAUAACAAGCCAGUAACUCGUGGCACUCGAUGCGCUCAUGGCGGUUGUGUGAUAACCCCUCUAGAGCGCUCGGUUCAGUCGCUUUCUGUUCGCACCGCGUAACGCUUAUGUUCGAAUAAUUUGAAUUAUUCUCGUCAAGUCUCGUCUCGUUUUCAAGUUUCGAUCUUUUGAACGGUAUACAAAGUGACAGUGUUAAAAGUGAAUGUGUUGGUGUUUUUAUUGGCUUUAACGAAGAGCGUUAGCAUGGUGGUGGUGCUGAACGGGGUGCUGUCGGACGAGUGCCCGACGUCGGUGCGCGCGCUGCUGGCCGCGCACCCGGGCUACAGGGAUGCGGCUGCGCAGCUGAUAGCGGCGGCCGCGCGAGUCGUGCCCGCGCCCGGCUUGUUGUACGUCGCGCAGAGGGAGCUCGCGGCCGUCGUGCCGCAUGACAAAAAUGUGAGCAUCAUUGGAUCAGACGACGCCACGUCUUGCAUCAUUGUCGUCGUCAGACAUUCUGGUUCGGGAGCAGUUGCGCUUGCGCAUCUCGAUGGGUCGGGCACGGCGGAGGCGGCAGCCGCGAUGGUGGCGCGCGUUCAGCAGCUCGCCGUGGGCUAUCCCGAGGGACGCCUGGAGUUACAGCUAGUCGGCGGCUUCACGGAUCCGCACCGAUAUUCAGAUGAACUCUUCGCUAAUAUUAUGCUAUCGUUCCACCGCCUGACAGUGGAGAUAGAUCUGACGCUGGCGUGUUGCUGCGAGUUGAACACGGCGCUCGGCGGCGGCUCGCCCGCGCCGCUCGUCACGGGCGUGGGGGUCGACAUCCGCGCCGGGGACCUGUUCCCGGCCACGUUCCAGGACAAAGGUCCAGAGCUGCCGCUGAGGGGCGCCAGGACCAUCACCAGCGGGCCGCAUUCCGCGCAGGUGCUGGAUAUAUACGACAGCGGCGUGGGCAUGUUGCGCAUCGGCCCGUUCAACUACGACCCGCUGCGAGGAGUCGACCUGUGGCUCGAGCAGUCCGACGACUUCAUACUGCAGCAUCUCAGCACCACGCCGGCAGUGGAGCCGCCGCACUUCGUACAUAACAUUCGCGUGACACUAAAGUUCAUCCAACAGCAUCCGUUCCCGGCGGUGACGGUGUUCCCGGACAAUCGGUCGCAUUACUAUCGCCGCGACGAGCAGACCGGACUGUGGGUGCCGAUGCGCUUUUAAACUUUACAAGUGUCGGAAGGCGGGUCCAUACAAAUCACGUCUGUAUGUUGCAUCCUAUAUAGCACAUUUUUGAAUAUGUGUUUUCUCUUUCAUUCUUAGGGCAUUUGCUGCGUAGAAAGGGACACACUGAUUGUGGUUAUAAAUAGAAAAGGAUGAUUUAAUUUGCCAGAUCCCGCAAUGUGUUUCUACUCAUUUAUUAAUUAUACAGAUGUUUUAAUUACAGGACGGAUUACUAUAUUAAAUCUGUAAAAGAAUUAUUUUAAAAGUGGGUAGAUAUUUUUUAAAUGUAUGUAUUUUAAAGGAUAGAUUGACAGACGGCAAUAUAUUUUCAUAUGAACUGUUAUAUUGUGUGCGAAUAUAAGACAUAUUUUCUACUGACUGUGAUCGUAUUACAAAACGAAGCAACAAAUAUUUAUCAGUGUGGACCCGCCUUUAUAUGGAACGGGGCUCGAGGGCCAAUCAGGGAAUGGAGCGUGCGUCCCCCGUAUUUGUGUACUGAUAAUAAAAUUUAGGCCUUACGCAAUUUCAAUAGAGUUUAAAAUGCAAGGGAUAAUUUACUGUAUUUCCCGUUUCAUAAUUUCUAGUAUCUUAUUUUUAACUGUAUUUAAAUAGUAUAAAGUUAAAAUUCUAGUAUCAGUACGAAGGGCGAAGGGCAUUCCGCUUGGUCUGUGAUGAACCAUAGACGAAAAAGUUUGUAUAUAUCGGCAUUGCGAGAAUAGAUUUUGAACUAUCAUUACUUUUAGAACAGACGUUAAUUGUAAAGAUUCUAGUUUUCAAUUUCAGUAUAUUGACGCUGAGAGAUAUGAUUUUUAUUGACGACUUUUAGUAUUUUCCGGUAAUUUAGUGGCAUUAUAAUAAAGGAAAUAAUUGAAUUCACUUUUGACUUUAGUCAUUAUUUAAUAUUUGCAUAGUUUUUGGACCGUUAUACCAAUUAAUUAUGUUUAUAUUGAUUUAACAAGUUGUCUAUAGUAUGAUGAAAGUAAAAAUCUAACCUUUAAUAAAAAAAAAAGAUUGGACUGAAAGAAAUUUACUCGGUAAAGUAAAAAUAGUAGCUAAUAAAAAAGGCUAUGUAUAGACAAAGACACUCUGUAAUGAAAAUGUAGAACAUUUAACAUGACAAACCAUAGAGGUGAUUAGAAUAAACUGAUAAUUAUUAGCAUUUAUCGAAGUCGGAAAAAUAGUAAAAAUAUUUUGGCUUACGUUUAAUUUUUAUUAUAACACAAUUUUAAUUGUUAUUGAUACUUGACUAUGCACAGAGUAUGUUUAUACACGCUGACUGCGUGUUUCGGAACACACGUUUGUAUUUGUAAAAGGACAUUGUUUCGACUGCAUCGCGUUAUGCAUCCGUUUUCAACAAACGAUUCCAAUCUGAAUCUUCAAUCCGAUUUCGAGAAUGAACCAAGCAAAAUAACUCAUUUGCUACAUGUCAAAAUAAACUUUGUUCUGAUUGGUCCAUUUUUGAGAUAGAUCGAAGAAAGCGAUUGAGGUUUGUUGAAAAUAGCGGUUAGUCGCGUUUGAAGCGAGUCAGUUUGUUCGUCAUGUGCAUAGACCCUUAAUUAUUUUCUUGUUCCAAAAUGUUUGUGUAUUUAUCAUAAACUCAUAUAGUUAUGUUGUGAUAAACUUCUAUCGUUUAUUUUUAACUUAUAUUUAUGAACAAAAGUGGGACUUGAACGAUUCAUAGUUUUUGAUGUUAUUCCAUUUCACGCAGAACAUACUUUUCGUUCUUACUUUUGUGUGUAAAUAUGACUAGGAUUACCAUAUCUAUGUACCUAAUUGUAUAUUUUGACGUCAUAGAACUCAUAAAGAGUUUAUUUAAGCAUAUUAUGAAUUCCAUUUAGAAAUGAGUAGAGUUUUGUUCUUCGACAUCGUGGAAUGAUGAAGUUGUAAAUAUUUUAGUGAUCAAUUACAUAUUAUAGUUAGACGACGUUAAUAGUUAUUGUUUUUUUGAAAAUAUAAUGAAUAUAUUGAAAGUUCAAAAGUUAA